AUGUUGGACAAACUUGUGUUGCCUCUCGGUAAAUUUAGUCUACUUUUGUUUGUAUCACAUUAUCUCUUUAAAAGCAUAGUUAGAUGGUCAACAGUAUAAAGUUAAAUCAAUGCUUGCCAUUGAACUUUCCAGAAAUUACGCUUUAAAAAAAAAAAAACGCUAAAUGGGAAUUCAUUAUGCUAUGAAACGAAAUUGUAAUUUCUGGAUUUUGUGGAACAUCAUUUUAUUUUGUGGUUUAGUAACAUAUACAAACACAAUUUCCAUAGCCAAUUGUUUUACUGUACAUAUUUUUCUAACUUUCAUUUCCUUUGAUUUUUACAGCAGUAGUUGCAAGUCUAAUCACUCUUGGAUUGUCUGGUACACCAGGAAAAAAAGCAGGUAACCCUGAAAUAUACACUGUGUGUAGAGUGAUUUAUUUCCCUGUUCUGUUGGAAUCUACCUAACUGUGAAAAGUAAUGUCUGUGUAAUGAAGAAGGCUAUGACACACCAGAUCAAUACCAAUACAUUUGAUACAUUUUUCAUGUCAGACAAAGCUGGAUGUUAUAAUGAUUCUGUAUGAUUGGCACCUGAAAAUUAAUCUUGUGCUUCAGUGACAAACAAUUCAGGGGUGACCCCAAUUGGCCAAUGUGGCACCUGGAUAAAGGAGGCUGAGGGAGGCCUGUUCACCUCCCCCAACUACCCCCAAAAGUACCCACCAGAGCGAACGUGUAUUUACAUAAUUGAAGGUAAGAGAUAUUAACACCAUCUCAACAAGUAAUUGUUUUUUAUUGGAUAUUAUGUUUAUUUUUCUUACAUUUCCCCACUGUGUUCCCUCAGCUUCACCAAGACAAUGCAUCGACCUCUUCUUUGAUGAGAAGUAUUCAAUAGAGCCUUCAUGGGAAUGCAAAUUUGACCACAUUGAAGUCCGUGAUGGGCCCUUUUCCUUCUCCACUUUAAUUGGUCGAUACUGUGGCCAGGAAAGCCCUUUGUAUAUUAAAUCAAGUGGGCGAUACCUGCAUAUAAAGUUUGUUGCAGAUGGGGAACUGGAGGCAAUUGGAUUUUCAGCACGCUAUAACUUCACUCAAGGUAAUAUAAUUUCAAAUACAUUGAUUUAUUUUAACCGUUUCAAUAUUUUCAGUGUUAUUCUGAGGUUGUUGCUGAAUGUAUGACUCUGAUAGGCUAACAGUUUAUCUCACACAGGCACACAUGCAGACACACAGACACAAUAUUUACAUAAAGUUGUACACAUCCAGUGAAUGCAGAGAAAUUCAGCCAAAACAAUUAACCAGUCACAGCUCAGUGACUGAGCUGCAGCUACAGAAGACUGGUGUGGCGCUUACUGCUGUGUGUGUUCAUAUCAGCUGCUGCAUUUGUAGUGCAGGCACACAUGCUGCAGCUGGGGUGGGGUUAUCUCCUCAUUCACCCAGCCCAGUUAAUGAAAGCUUGUCUUCAGGGGAGUACAGCUUGUCAGCUCUGAGCCUCAGCUUAAGGGAUACCCAUGCAGCUGAGAAUGUAUUCCUAGCAGAAUUUAUAGGGCACUUACGUUGGGAGGAAAGAUUAAUCUGCUUUCUUGUUUCCCUCUCUCCCAAUCAAAGCCAUUCACCAGAUAAAUCUUUCAAAAAUGUGUCUCAGUAACCUCACAAUCUCGUGAAGGUUUUGACAUGGCCAGUAGACAUGGUUAUUCGAUAUCACUGCCUGCCCUGCAUUGGAGUCAAGACUUGAAGUGAGAAUGGCUCAUCCACAAGUUCCGAUGAGAUACUUCAGUGUCAAAAGAUUAAUAUAGAUUGAUAUAAAUAGGUAUAAAUUGAUUCCCAGAUAAUCUCUCCCUGAAACACAGUGGCACAUUUUGAGGAGUGAGUGAGUGAGUGUGAGGGUACCCUUUGUAGGACUUAUACAACAAAAAGUAUCCAUAAAAAAAGUAUCCACACAACAAUACUCUAGCCAAUAGAAAGCCUUCCCAGGCCUGUAUUGGUAGAGAAGUACAAGCUGAUUUCCCAGUGUUUACCUCUGAAGUAAUGAAUCCUUUAAUGCCAAAAGCUAAUCGCUUCUAAUUCCUCUCAUCAGUGGCAGGAUAAUUAAUUGACCGAUCAUCGUCUUAUUACUACACUAUUACAUAAGCGUGAGUGUUUGCAGUAAAUAUUUGUUUUAAACUGGAUAGAAAAAGCACUAUUGACAUAUGUUUCAUAUAUUUUCAUAUUUUUCAUAUCUUCUGACACACACACACACACACACACACACACACACACACAUACAAACACACACACACACACACACACACACACAACCACACUGUGAAUAAUCCAUGAUACAGAGGUAAGAAACAAGAGGAUUAAUACGGAUUCAUGGCUGAGUUUAGGUUUGAAAUAGUUCAGCUGUCUCCUCCUUGCAGCCAUGGCGAUAUCACAAAGAUCUGCCUCUUAAUAUCACUGUUUUAUAUUUAUAUUAAUAUUUAGCAAACUGGGUUCUCCCUCAAAAUCUAAAAAGAUGAGGUUAUCAUGAAAAAUUGUUUGGAAGUCCGAUUUUAUCACUUGGUUCUCAUUGCUUGUGCAGCCUAAUCUGUAUAAAGCUGGUCCAAGGAUUAUUAAUCCACCUACAAAUCAUAAUGGUGAAGCUUUAGGAUAGAAUUCCUGUUCUUUCUGUCUCUACAUGCUUUAUUUAGUUAUGAAGGACAAGUGGAUGAUUGCAGAAUGGAUUAAACUAUGGACAGGGUUCACACAUUCGAGAUGAUGCAUUGCUGGCCCUUAUCCUUUCAGACACAGAACAUGUAUUUCGUGAAAUGUCAGAAGAGGUAUACAAUAGGCUCACUGUUGUGUGCUCUCUUUUCAGAUCCUGAAUUUAAAGACAUGGGUGUCCUACCGCCUCUGCCUUGUAUGUACAUGGUUCACCUAUGUAAACAUAUAUUAGCCUUAUACUGUAUAUUUUAACAGCCAACUGUUGUCUAACUAACACCUUGUGCAAUGGACUCUCCUGUACUACAGUUUGCGAAUUUGAUCUUGGUGGAUCAGAUGGGAUCAUUGAUUCUGCAGCAAUACUCAAAGAGGGCAAAGCCUUGCAGACAGAGGCUGUGGACUGUAGGUGGUUCAUUCGGGCACCACCAAAGGGAAGGGUCAGUACAGUUUUGUGUGUUUCUUCUUCAUAUUUGCAAUAUCCCUCACUCACAUUCUCCAUUUAGUCUUUUGGAAAACAUGAUAUACAAAAGAUACUCAAGUCAAGUUCUCAUUUGGUUGUAAACCUAUUGUUUCACAUUUUUAUUUGACAAUUUUCUUGCAGAUCUAUUUGCGAUUUUUGGAAUAUGAGAUGCACAACUCCAAUGAAUGCAAACGUAACUUUGUGGCCGUGUAUGACGGGAGUAGCUCAGUGGAGCACCUGAAGAACAAGUUCUGCAGCACAGUGGCCAACGAUGUGAUGUUGGUGACCUCAGUGGGGGUCAUACGAAUGUGGGCUGACCAGGGCAGCCGAAAAAGCCGCUUCCGGAUCCUUUUCACAACCUUCCUAGAGCGUUAGUGAAUUAAUUUGACACAAUUUCCAAUCCAUCUACUGCUAUGUUCAAUUGUUGAUGCAUUGUUUGAAAUGUUCCAAUUAGUUUGCAAGGAGAGGCAGCCGCAGGGAAUACGAGGCCCCUUUACUGGGUUAUUGUGUCACUGUAAAAAAAAGAUAGUUGUUUCAGCUAAUUAUAAUUAAGUAACUGGUUCCACAAACUUUUUUUGUUUACUCAACCUUUCAAUCAAAGUAUUACCUGAACUUACAUUCUUUAGUUAGCCCAAACUUAGCUCCAACUUGAGAAAACUUAGGCAACAAUUCAGGCAACUUAAAAUGAUGUGUUUGCUCAACUUGUCUCAUAUAUUAAUUAAACUAUAAAUUAUUAUUUGGGCAUCUUAACUAAGAAAAGUUUUUGCUUUGUCAUUAUGGGGUAAUGUGUGUAGAUUGAUGAGGGGAAAAAAACAUUUUAAUCAAUUAUAGAAUAAGGCUGUAACCUAACAACAUUUGUAAAAAGUCAAGAGGUCUGAAUACUUUUCGAAUGCACUGUAUGUCAACAUGUGUCAAAUAUAUAAGUUUAAAAAAUGGUAUGUUAAAGGUACUGUGUGUAUGUGUAACCAGUUGUAGAGCCUUUCUUAGUUAAGAUGCCCAAAUAAUAAUUUCUAGUUUAAUUAAUAUAUGAGACAAGUUGAGCAAACAGAUCAUUUUAAAUUGACUGAAUUGUUGUCUAAGUUUUCUCAAGUUGGAGCUACAUUUGGGCCAACUAAAAAUGUUAAGUACAGGUAACACUGACCGAAAAGUUGAGUAACUGUGGAACCAGUUACUUAAUAAUAAUUAGUUGAAACAACUAGAUUUUUUAAAAAUAUAGUGUUGUAACAACACUCCUGGACCAAACGUGAUCUAAAGCCACUUGCACACUGCCACAUUAAACCCCAUCAAACGCCAACAAACACUGGGGGAAAAACGAGUUGGCUAUAGGUGUCUGUUUGUUGGCAUUUGUUGAAGUUUGUUGUGGCAGUGUGCAAGCGGCUUAAGCCUUAUUGGUUGCUUUUUAAUCUAAUUAAUUAUUUUCAAACCCUAUUUAAUAUUUAGGGAGUAAAGUUAUGUUCCCCAUGUUUUCAGCUCCUUGUGAAGCUGAGGCUUUCUUUUGCCAUAGCAACAUGUGUAUCAACACCAGCUUAGUGUGCAACGGGAUCCAGAACUGUGUCUACCCCUGGGAUGAGAACAACUGCAAAGGUGAGACACCUGUUCCAUUUGGGUAUAGAGCUGACAAAUAUGAACUACAGUCAAUGUUUUAGGUUAACCUGUAUGACAAAAGUACACGUUAAUGGUGGAUUCUAAAUGUAAUGUUGAUAAAUCGAAAUGUAACUUUCAUCACACAAUUCAUCACAAUUCAAACCUAGCCGCCACAAUAGAAAACUUGAUUGUAUGUCAUAUUUACUGUCCACAGAGAAGAGGAGUGCCAGCAUCUUAGACAAUAUUGACCACACCAAUGUCACAAUCAUUCUAGUCACCUGUGGUCUGGUGGUUGUCCUUCUAAUUGUGGCAAGUAUCAUUCAAGUCAAACAGCCACGCAAAAAAUACAUAAUCAGAAGGGAUGACUUUGACCCCACAUUGCUCCACGAGGCCUUUGAGCCCCCACAUUAUGAACUGUGCACCCUGCGGAGGGCAGCCUCUGCCGACCACAUGACCGAAAUGGCUAUGACCGAGGACUUUGAGAAGUUUCACAAACUCAGACGGUCUUCGUCCAAAUGCAUUCGUGACCACCACUGCGGCGGAGCCCACUCCCAGGUGUCCAGUGUCAAGGGCAGCCAAAGUAACCUGAGUGUGCGGGAUGCAGCCAUCAUGUCAGACAUACCUCUCUCACAGUCCCACCACGCCACACCCUCCAGCCACAGGAAUAUACUGAUGAUGAAGUACAGUUACUCACAGGACGGGCAGGAUGGCUGUGACCAGGAUGACGACAUGGAUGACUGUCCCACCUCCAGCCAGAGCCACCAUGUCCUGGCUGCACACCGGUCAAUGUCCAAUGAUUUAUGA